AUGCAGCGGGAAGAAUUUCAUCUGGAUACGGGCGUAAACCACCCUGAAGGCUCUGAAAAUGAUCGCCAAAAACUUACCAGCGGCUUUCCCCGAUGCAAAAUUAAUUCCAUCCUGAGUAAACUGUGCAUUGGACUGCUUAUAGUGGUUGUGUUGGCGAUCAUUUUUAUUUGCGUCGCGUUCGUAAUAUCGUACGAGAAUGAGGAACAACUUGUCGCCACUAUUGAACUGCAUACGGUUGAUUUGCCCCCAGAGCAAUCGGUAUGGUUUGAAACGAACCUCGCGGAGCUACGUAAUGCGUUUCGCGUGCCGAAAAACAAUCGGCGAGCGAAGAACGUGGCCCUGUUCGUUGCCCUGGGCAUGGCAGAAUCGUCUGGCGCUCAGCAAACCCCGAUCUGGGAAUCUUUUCCUCAUCUGGCUUUGCUGCGUGCGUCACAAGAUCGUUGGGCUAAGUUUAACCCAACGGCCUUGUUUUGCGGCAUUGAAACUCGUCCCAACACGAUUGGAUUGGACGCGGGGGUGGAACCAGCGGACGAAUGCAUAAACGUUGAGCAUAAUUAUCAAACGCACGAAGUAGCAUCAAUUGUGCAGUGGGCGCAGGUGGUCGGACGUCGGACGGCGCUGGUUACCAACGGGGAAAUAGUAAUGCCCUUUCCGGCCGCGCUUUACGCACACACGCCGAACGAAAGCUGGACGUUUACGUCUCCCGAGCCCACACACUGCCCAAGCGUCCAAACGCAGCUACUCCGGAGUGAUACGGGAAAGCAGCUGAACGUCAUCGCAGGAUCCUUUGAUUGUACGACACCAUCAUGUAAGGACAAUUUUGUUGCUGCCUGGGAAGGGCAAAAAAUGCAAGAUGAUUUAUCCUACCGGGUAUCGGCGGACAUGAAUGAUCUUCUGAACUCCGGGGAUGACAGUGAAUAUGUGCUUGGCUUAUACAAUCAGUUAGAACUGAAGAAACCAGGCGCAUUCCAAAAUCUAACUCUCGGUGCAUUACAUUCCGUGCAUACAUCAGAAGGUUUUCUGCUCGUUGCAAUUGCGGACUCAAUGAAAGAGAUCUCUCUGCAGGAGCUGGACGCCACCGUGCGGUCAACAAUGUGGAAACUGAGCGAUACCCUCGAAGAUAGCCUGAUAAUAGUGCUCCGAUCUAGCAAUCGUGAAGGAUUUGCAGCCGUACAUGCCACGGGACCGAUGUCCCAUUUGUUGCAUCGUGUGCACAACCAAACGUAUUUGGCUCAUUUUAUAUCCUACGCUGCCAGAACUGGCCGUUUUCGAGAUUCGGAUCUAGCCAACUUUGUCCUUCAAAUAUUCUAAUCAUAUGAAUGUGAAACUUUUAUUAAAGGUGCAUACUUUGCCGAAGCAAUAAAUACGUG